AUGGACAAACACCAGCCUGGGAGCGGACAGGAAAGCCAGCGCCGACACUCGUAUUCCGGGGAGUUCGGCUUGGCCUCAGGGACCCUGUUUUCCUACUCGGGGUCGGACUGAUGGGGCCGCAUCACGGCUUUCGAGAUCUGGGAGCAUUGUAACAGCUACAUCAGUGGGUGCGUGGCGGGGAGAGAUGGAGGGAGGGCCAGUGGGUUUGGGGGCAGCGAGACCCUGCUCCCCCGCGAGCGGAUCACGCAGAUCUCGGGCAAACACUACACCUACGUUUUCCAGCUCAUCAUCUCCACCAACAAGAGGCGCAUCUUCUUCUUCGGCCAGCCGUACGGCAACUUCAACGCCAUCCCUCUGUCCCACACCGAGUACCUGGCCUUCCUCACCGGGCACUACAGCGGGGGGUCCCUCACGGGCAUCGCCAUGCACUGGGCUGAACCGAGGAAGCGGGAGUGAGAACGCCCCAGCGGGAUACCAGUGGCAGGGAGUUCCCCAGGCUAAGGGCAGCUUUUCUCCAUUUACCCUUCUUACCUUCAAGUCCAGAGAUCGUGAAGCCAAUUCCUUACUAGAA